ACAGUGCAAUAUCCAGAAAAGAGGGGAGAAAAAGUAGUAGUGGUUUUGCUCACAGUGCUACAGACUGAAUGUAGAGGAAAGUGUCUGUUUUAUGUGUGUUUGGAGAAUGAGUAGGAUAAAGUCCAUCUAACAUAGAACUCUGGAGACUCAUUAAUGAAUAAACCUGCAUGCGGAUAUUCUGCGACCGCUGUCUGCUCAUUGGAGUUGAGAUCUUUUAGGAUGGGCAGGUGGAGUCCUACUGAAUUGUCAACCCUUGAUCUUGACCCACAGAGGCCUCAUAAGCGACUGUCCUCUCAAGUGUGAAACAGUUAUAGUUAUUAGACUUUCACUGCCGGUGGCAGGAUGCUGAAAUAUCUGCUGUUUGGGGUGGGUGGAGUGGUAGUAUUUGCGGUGGGUAUUCUCAUCGGACACUUUGGCAUCGAGACAAACAACUCUCCUGACUGGGUCAGCAAACUCUCCAAAGAUGUGGACGAAAGUCUUAUCGAGAAGUUCAUUGCUGAAGUGAGCAACUUGGAGAUUCAGGAGAAUCUCAGAGAGCUGACCAAAGUCCCUCACAUGGCCACUACUGCAGGAGAUGAGCAGACAGUGCAGUACAUGCUGACAAGAUGGCAGGACUCUGUGAGUGGCCUGGACCAAGCCUGGAGAGAGGACUACAAGGUCUAUCUGUCUUUCCCAGAUGAAACCCAACCCAAUAAAGUGACUGUAGUCAGUGCCUCAAAUGCUGUCCAGUACACGGCCCGUGAAAAGGAAAAGGCCUAUACACCAGACCAAGAAGAUCCAGCGGUGGUUCAGCCAUAUGCAGCCUAUGGGCCUGCUGGCCACCCAAAGGGGAAGCUCGUAUAUGCCAAUCAAGGUAAAACCAGUGAUUAUGAGCACCUGAACAAGACAGUGGACCUUCGCGAUACAAUAGCCAUUGUCAGAUACGGUGGUGCAGGAAGAGCAGCAAAGGCAAUCAAUGCUGCACCGUUUGGAGUCAUCGGCGUGUUGGUCUACACAGACCCUGGUGACAUCAAUGACGGCAAGAUGUCGGACAUAAAUGAGACAUACCCUCACUCGUGGUACCUCCCUCCUUCUGGUGUGGAGAGAGGAUCCUUCAACACAGACUUUGGCGAUUUACUGACACCCUACUUAGCAGCUAAAGAGGACACCUACAGAAUUCCACCAGAAGACAUAACAGGCAUUCCUCCUAUCCCAACUCAGCCUAUCGGUUUUGAGGAUGCUUAUGCUUUAAUCUGUGAACUGGGUGGGGAAGCAUCUCCAACUGAAUGGAGAGGAGCAUUCAACUGUUCGUACAACAUGGGAGGGCCAGGAUUUCAAGCUUCGUCUAAAUUCAGUAACAGUGAUGUAAAGCUGGAUAUCUACAACCGAGAGGAGAUAAAGAACUCCGCUAAUGUGAUGGGUGUAAUACGAGGGAGUGUGGAGCCAGACAGGUAUGUCAUCUAUGGUAACCAUAGAGACAGCUGGGUGCAUGGAGCCAUAGACCCCAGCAGUGGCACCUCCGUCAUGUUGGAGAUCACCAGAGUACUGGGCAAGAUGGUGAAGGAAGGCAAAUGGAGGCCUCGUCGGUCCAUCAUCUUUGGGAGCUGGGGAGCCGAGGAGUUUGGCCUCAUUGGCUCAGCAGAGUAUACAGAGGAGUACUACAGCAAGCUAUUCCAGCGCACUGUUGCCUACAUUAAUGUGGACAUCUCUGUAUUUGCAAAUGCCACUCUCCGUGCCUUGGGCUCCCCCUCAGCCCAAAGCGUUAUCUUCACUGCCUCAAAGCAGGUAAAAACUCCUGGAUCUGACUCAAUAUCGGUGUACGAUAACUGGAUUCGCUAUUUCAACCGCAGCAGUCCCACUUACGGAAUUAUACCGAGUGUUGGAUACCUGACAGGGGCAGGAAGUGACUACGCUGCCUUCAUGCAUUUUCUGGGUAUUACCUCAAUGGACUUUGCCUACACCUAUGAUAGGAGUAAAACUAACGCCCGCAUCUACCCAGCCUAUCACACUGCAUAUGACACCUUUAACUACUCAGCUACUUACAUCGAUCCAGGUUUCACCAGCCACCAGACAGUCGCCAGGACCGCAGGGAAUGUUCUGUUGCGUCUAGCCGAUAGCCUUGUGCUGCCCUUCAACUGCCGCGACUACGCUGAAAGUUUGGAGGGUUACCUUAGUGUGGCCGUGACAAACUUCAAGGACGAGUUAGCUGCGCAUCAGAUUUCCAUUGAGCCACUGAGCCAAGCUGUAAAAAGGUUCCGCACCGCAGCUGACAAGCUGAACAGUGUCAUCCAAGACCUUGAUCUUUCAAAAGUGACGCCUCUUGAUGUUCGUAAGAUCAACGAUCAACUGAUGCUCCUGGAUCGAGCUUUCCUGGAUCCUCUGGCAUUUCCUGACAAAUAUGGAUUUAGGCACGUGAUCUGGGCUUCAAAAUCCUCAGGAUUAGCCACCUUCCCUGGCCUCGCAGAUGCCUUUGAGCGUGCCCAGAGCACGAGCCUAGCGGCCGACUGGAGUCAGGCCCAUAAGCACCUGUCCAUCCUGGUGCAGGCUAUUGCAGGGGCCGCCAGCACUAUAGAGGAUGUCAUCUAAGGCUCAAUUCAUACCAAAGAUUCCCAACGUGACGAGACCGAGUUCCGGCGGUGUGAAUUAAAUGUUGCUCGUAGUUGCAAGCCGUCGCAGAGCAUUCAACAUGUUUAGUCGCAGCUGUAAGGUUUUAGAACGUCGCGGCUCCUCUCGUCUCGUCGGGAAACUUUGGUCUGAACCCUACUUAAGAAUGCUACAUGAUGUCUAGUCCUCUUUUUUACCGAGCGGGGCGCGCAUGGAACUCCUUCUGUGAAGCAGGAGGUCACCACUACUCCAGCUGAGAGGGAUUGUUAAAGUUUGAUUAAA